AGCGAGCGGAUCACAAUCGACCUGGCUCGUGGCAACGGUAAUAUCACGUCCAGCGAUGAGGAUUCCGAUUCCGAGUGGGAAUUGGAGGAAGUGGUUGAAGAGGUGCACGAUUGGGGUGAGACAGACAAAGACGCUCGUCGCGUGGAAUGGAAAUCGCAGCGUUUGGCACUGUGUAACAUGGAAUGGGAUCGGAUUUCAGCGUCCGAUAUUUUUGUUUUAAUCAGUUCAUUCAAACCGCCCGCUCCAGCUGCACAGAGUACUGUGUUGAUAAUGACAGUGAAAAAAGGGCACAAAUUUCAAACUGUUGCAGCUGUCCGGUCGGUGACGAUUUAUGUCUCAGAUUUCGGCAAGGAAAGACUGAAGGAAGAGGAACGUGCUGGGCCAAAAUUGACAAAACUGAAGAAACCAGUUGAGGAAACUGAGGAAAUGGACGAAGAAACCCGUGAAGCUCUGAGAACCUAUCAGCUGGAGCGAAUGAAAUAUUAUUACGCGAUUAUCGAGUGUGAUGAAGUGGAAACCGCAUCCGCAAUCUACGAUGCAUGUGAUGGGGCGGAAUUCGAAAGUAGUGCCGUACGUUUGGAUUUGCGUUUUGUCCCCGAUGAUAUGACUUUUGAGGUAAGUACUGAUUUCUAG